AAAUCUGCAAGAACCGCCGCGGACGAGGAUGGUGCGGAUCACAUCGGCUUUGAAACCCCUCGAUCCGGCAUAGCCACUCCUCACCCCGACCCUCAAGAUAAACGCCUGCCCGGAAUCAUGAGCUACUUUGCCCAGAGCGGCCCGCCCACCCCUACCAGAGCCCUCUCUACAGCCAACCCAGCCCCAGACGGCAGGGACACUCCCAACGGAUCCAGCAAUGAUGGCGCCGAGACAAGUGGCACGCAGACCCCGAAGAACUCUGGCACCGCGGCUACGUCUGCCAAGGGCAGGUUGACUAUCAAAAUCGUAGAGGCGCGAGGGAUACGCAAGAGCCGUGACCCGUAUGUGGUGGCCGUGUUCCAGCGAAGUGAGCUCAUCUCUGGUGGGCCUCAUGCCAUCGAAGAGGAAGAGCAUGUCAUAGGAACACCGUCUGGUCUCGGCGCAAUCCCAAUGAAGCGCCAAGUAAGCGAUUCCGGCAGGCCUAUGGCGAUCCCCAUGCGCAGCCGUCAGAGCAGCAACACCAGCAUUAGCGACUACAACACAUUCCGCAACCGAACUUCCCGGACCCUUUACUCAAGUCCUAAGUGGGACGCAGAAGCUGUCUUCGAUGUUGUCGAUUCGGAUAUGCUGGUAGACAUCUCAGUAUAUGACCACGCCGCAAAUGGAGAAGAGUUUCUGGGCCAUGUCAACCUUGAGGCCAAAAAGGACAAGGACAGCCCCGUCAAAGGCUGGUUUGCGCUGCAAGGACACGCCAAUACAACUGUCGACAACAUUCCGACAGGUGAAAUCUUUGUCGAGGUCACUUACCAGAGGACGGAAAGGAAGCAUUUCGGCCCCACUGACUUUGAGGUGCUCAAGCUCAUCGGCAAGGGCACUUUUGGCCAAGUCUACCAAGUUCGAAAGAAGGAUACCCAGCGAAUCUAUGCCAUGAAAGUCUUGCAGAAGAAGGUGAUUGUACAAAAGAAGGAAGUGGCACACACCGUCGGGGAGCGAAAUAUUCUCGUUCGCACAGCUACAUCUGAUUCACCGUUCAUCGUCGGACUCAAAUUCUCGUUCCAAACGCCAUCGGAACUGUACUUGGUGACUGAUUACAUGUCCGGUGGAGAGUUGUUCUGGCAUCUCCAGAAGGAAGGCCGAUUCGACGAGAGGCGAGCCAAAUUCUACAUCGCCGAGCUUAUCUUGGCAAUCCAGCAUCUCCACAACAACGACAUUGUCUAUCGAGAUCUUAAGCCCGAAAACAUUCUGCUAGACGCGAAUGGUCACAUUGCGCUCUGCGACUUCGGCCUAUCUAAGGCAAACCUCACAAAGAACGACACCACCAACACCUUUUGUGGAACUACGGAAUACCUCGCACCUGAGGUUCUUCUCGAUGAAUCGGGAUACACGAAAAUGGUCGACUUCUGGUCGCUUGGCGUUUUGGUGUUUGAGAUGUGCUGCGGAUGGAGCCCCUUUUACGCCGAGGACACUCAGCAGAUGUACAAGAACAUUGCUUUUGGCAAGGUUCGGUUCCCGCGCGACACACUUUCUCAAGAGGGCCGCAACUUUGUCAAGGGGUUGCUUAAUAGAAAUCCCAAACACAGACUAGGAGCAACGGACGAUGCUGAAGAGCUUAAACGCCAUCCCUUCUUCAACGACAUUGACUGGAACCUCUUGGCCAAGAAGCUCAUCUCGCCACCCUUUAAGCCAAAGUUGAAGUCGGCAACCGAUGUGUCGUAUUUCGAUCCAGAAUUCACGACCGCCUUGGACCAGAACGGCUCUCUCAAUGAGCGGGCCGCUGCACUGGCGAGAGGAUACGCUGCCUCUACACCACUCUCACCCUCGGUGCAGGCCAACUUCCAUGGAUUCACCUACGUUGAUGAAAGCGCACUAGAUGAUCAUAUGCGCGAUUUCUCGAGAAAUGACGACGAAGAUAUGGAUGACGCUCACCCCAAUGGUGACGACGACUGGGAUAACCUGGAUGAUAUCGAUCCCCGACAAGCCAACAGGAUGAGUGGCAUUGUCAGACCUGGACACGACGAACAAAUGGUUGGAGGCGCGCAUUUUGACCCGUAAAUGGCAUUUGGUUGGUUAAGGCACACGGAAGUGAAAGGGCUGCAUGGCGUUUGUUUAUUUUCCCCUGUUUAGUUUUCCUUCGUGUCAUGACAAUGCAGGUCAACUUUGUACCUGGAAAAAAAAAUUGAUAUCCCGAAAACAACCACAACGAUGUUGAUACGAACGGUUAAUCAUGGCAUGAACUGCAUCAUAGGGGUUGGUUGGGUUUUGCAUUUUUGUGCGUUGUUCCAUGGCUAUCUGUGCAGGAAAGGAUCCUGGAGUUCAGGUUGAGCCGAAGAUGAAGAUGUAUGAUGAUGAUCAUGACGAAUGGAAUUGACUCAAAAUGCCAGACUAGUCGCACACGGUGAACAAGUCUGAUGCAGAUUCCAGAACAUAAGAAAGAAAAAAAAAAUCCCGGCAUCAAAGAGAAGAAAGAGAAGACUCACACAAGAUGUAACAAAAAAGGGAACCUCGGACAGAAGAGAAGGGGGCAUAACAAAAGCAAAAUAAGCAUAUUCUUUUUCUUUUUUUUCUCUUUAGGCUAGUAGGAUCAUGCCGCCUUGCUUUCGUCAUGUCUUGUUCGCGCGCGCUGUUUCGGUGAACUCUGUGUCUCGGCGCGUCUGUAGAUUCAUGAUGAAGGGCAGGAGGAUAAUAACGAAAGAAGGGAACUUUUAGUAAUCUUGGAAAGGGAGAUAUAUACUUAAUUAAUACUAUAUGCCGGAAUGAUGAAGUCA